AUGUUAUCAUCUAGUUUAAUAUAUAUAAUUCUAAAUCGCAAUGAAUUUAUAAGUGGAUCAUCAUUAAUUAAAUCGUUUGAAAACAGAUUAUUAAAACGAUCUCUAUCAUCUAUCAAUGAAACGAAGACUAACAAAGAAAUCAUUGAUCUACCAAGUUUUAUUCCAUUCACAUCAUUUCGAACUUAUCAUAUAGAUGAACUAACAUCACCUCUAACAAUAAAUGAAUUAAUUCAAGAGGCUAAAGAAACAAAUAAAUUUACCAUUUUUUGUGAUCAGGAUCAUUCAAUUCAAGGUAGUAUUCAAAUACAACUAAUUCAAAGCACUCAAUCAUAUAUGAUCUCAAUUAAAUCAUCUUUGGAUUUUUCAACACUUUUAUGCCAUCACAUUCAUCAAUUAUUUGUGGUUAUAUUUGAUCAUCAUCAUCAUACAAAUCGUAUUAUCAAUAUAUGGGGAAAUAUGGAUGAUAUUCUACGGAUAUUAAAUUCUUAUGAUAUGUUUUCUUAUAAUAUGAAUUAUUUGAUUGAUAUUAUUGAUGUACAACAACGUUUUAAACAAUGGUAUAAUAAAACGUUUGAUCAUAAUAUAGAUUGUAAACAAAUACUUGAUUAUCAUAAUAUUGAUGGUCCUCUAUGCUCAUGUUCUCAUCGACCAUUGAAAACAUUGAAUGAACAAUGGCGUCUAGAAUAUGCUAUUGCAUAUACUUUUUCACAAAAUCUAAAUGUAAAGAAUGAUGACAUUGAUGCUAAUAUUCAUAAAUGUCUUGCUAUUACAUCAUUAGCAUCAGUAAUUGAACAACAAUGGACUCGCAAACAAAUUAAAGGUUAUAUUUGGAAAUGUCGUCGGCAGCAUGUAUUUAUGAAAUUAUAA